AUGAGUGAUUCAAUUUUCUCUGGGCUCAUGUCAGGCAAUGCGGAAACAUCAAAAACAGCUUUGGAGUCCACUCGGGAUUUGGACGUCGCAAACAUUUUAUAUGUGCAAAAUAUCCCAAACGUGCCUGAUAGCCACAAGACAGCUCUUUAUGCCAAUGUGAAGAGCAUCACUACGUGGGUGGCCUGGGAAUUGACAAGGGUCGAAGGACAGGUCAAAGCCAAGGUAGAUGACAAAAAGCUGCCGAGCGACGAUUCUGUUGCAUCCAAGUCAAAGAGAACCGCCUACCGUGCUAAGGUUGUUGACAACUAUAGAGGCCAGUCGCCAUGGCUGUCGAAUGUUACGGUUUCUACGCAAACUACCAAAGUCACGGCAACCGAAGAUAAGAUCAGCCUCACUGUUCUUCAUGCCCUGCUCGGCAUUGUAAAAGUGUCUCAGAACCCACAGCUUUCGAACGUUGUCAAGGCUCUAGGACUGGGUUUUGCUGCCGGAACAGGAAACAAUGUACAGCCCUAUGUCUGGUACAUUAUUGACCAUCAGCUAGAUCCGGUGCGCCGGACCCUUGAGGCUGUAAUCAAAACAUUUACUUUUAGUGUCACGAUCACUGAAGCCGCGGCGUCCACAAAUGCUGUAUCGGCUUCCAAGGAAAAGACUUAUGAAGCAUCUAUCAACUAUUCCCACUCGGCGGUUCAGUUCAACUUUGGUCUUUGGAAUAGCAAUGCACCACAGGAUGAUGAGCAAUUGGCCCUGGGCAAGGAACUGCUUUCACAAAAGCAGCUCAAUCUAUUGGAGAUUUAG